AUGUUCGAAUUGAUCUUAAACGAAUAUUUUAACAUUACGGAAUACAGGAAUUGGUCUGUUGUCAAGAUACUAGAACAUGUUGAAUCAAAGUCUGAUAUAUCUGAUGAUAUCAGUUACAAAAACAACUGCAACACUAAUGAAAAUGCAAAAAACAAAGCAGGAAAAAUUUUAUCAAGCUUUGACAAGUCUUUUUCUUCAACUGAUGUGAAGCAAUUCAUCGAUAGAUUAAAGCUAAAAAGGGAUCAAAGAGAAUUUCACACAACAGUGUGUAGAAACGUUGCAUCGGCAAGUACAUUACAAGCACUAGAGGAAUACGAUGCAACAAGACAAGAGAUAGAAAUUAGACGUAAUAGUGAAUCUAGGGGUGAAGAAAAUAUUCAAAAGAUGGUUAGUUAG